AGCAAAGGAACAUAACCUUAAAGUGAUGGAAGUCAUUUACGUCUUCGAUCUCGUACUCGAAUUUAAUUGUAUGCAACAUGGAUAAAUAUAAUUAUUUGGAUGAAAGUAAUGCUGAGAAAUUAGAAAAUGUUAAUCCCAAAUUGUAUAAAAAAGCCGAUGAGAGACAAGUGACAGCUGACGAUGAAAAUGAGGAUGUUGUGGAUGAGUUUGAUUCGCGAGAAGUUUUUGAUAUUGUCAGGAAUAUCAACGAUCCAGAGCAUCCCUUAACACUAGAAGAGUUGAAAGUCGUCGAAGAAGAACUCAUAGAGGUGGAUAACGAAAAGAAUAACAUAGUGAUAAAAUUCACUCCGACGAUUCCUCACUGCAGCAUGGCAACCUUAAUUGGUCUUUCGAUAAGAGUUCUGCUUUUGCGAACUCUACCUGCUAGAUUUAAAAUCACAGUUGAAAUCACACCUGGUUCUCACACUUCAGAAGAUGCGAUCAACAAGCAACUCGCCGACAAAGAACGAGUAGCAGCUGCACUCGAAAAUAACCACCUUCUCGAAGUCAUUAAUCAGUGUAUACGAAUCAAAGAUUAAUUUUUAAGCACCUCUAUUUAUUUUUAAAGUAUCCUCCUUUAUCAGAAAAAAAAUUGAUUAAUUAAUACUUGGUAUCCUUUAUUUGUGUAUGAGAUGCUGCACAAACUUUACAAUAAAAUAACUUUAUCUUA